GUGUAGUAUAGCCUUAAACAAGAUAGAAAUUGUUUUGCAAGUCAAGGUUAUUACCGGAAAACUCAAAAAAAGAAAAUCCAAAAUCUCUAAAUUCUUUUCUUUGUUUUCUUUCUGUUUUCUUGCAAAAUUAAGAAAAGAAAAGAAUCCAUAUGUAAAAUAAUAGAAAAAAUAUACAUACUGAAUUACUGAUGUUGAAAUUCCGCUGGAAGAACCAUAAAAAAGACAUCAGUAUCAGCUUCAAGAAUCAGAGGAGAGAAAUUCGAGAUUGCUCCUUUUUCUCUCUAUAAAUUUCUAGGUGUUAAGACUCCGUCUUAAUUAAUUAUUAUUAUCGAAAACGGCUAUUUCCUCUGUUUAUUUGUUAAUCGACAAUGAGCGAUCAAUCGGAGGAAUUGCCUCUCAUGGCUCCCCCACCGAUCACCGAGCCCAGCGAGAUCGACCUCGAGGCCGGUCCAGCCGAUCAAAUUCAGUGUCGAAUUUGCCUCGAAACCGACGGUAGAGAUUUUAUUGCUCCUUGCAAGUGCAAAGGAACAUCAAAAUAUGUACAUCGGGAAUGUUUAGAUCAUUGGCGAGCUGUAAAGGAAGGAUUUGCAUUUGCUCAUUGCACAACCUGUAAAGCUCCUUAUCAUUUGAGAGUUCAUGUUGCUGCUGAUAGGAAAUGGCGGACUUUGAAAUUCCGUUUUUUUGUGACGAGAGACAUUUUAUCCAUAUUUCUGGCGGUUCAACUAGUCAUUGCUUCACUUGCAUAUUUGGUCUAUCUAAUUGAUGGUUACCAGCAGUCAUGGCUCCGUCUUGCAUGGGGUUUUGAUAGCGAGCUUAGUUUCUAUUACAUAUGUGGGGCACUGCUAUUUUUUGCUUUGCUGGGGCUAUCAGGGUGCUUUAUUACAUGCUAUGAUCGACGAGUGCGUAAUGAUUUGGCUCAGCCUUGUAGAGAAUUAUGCCUCUGUUGUUGUCAGCCUGGGAUGUGUGCUGACUGCCACUUGCCUGGCACUCUUUGUAUGUGGACUGACUGUACUACGUGCUUUGAAAGCUGUGCUAGUGCUGCUACUGAAUGUGGUUGCCUAGGAGGUGCUGGUGAAGCAGGGCUUCCAUUAUUGUUCAUAAUGGCAUUGAUUGUGCUCGGACUAUUUACGGUGAUUGGCAUAUUUUAUAGUGUUCUGGUUGCUACAAUGGUUGGGCAAAGGAUUUGGCAGCGUCACUAUCACAUACUCGCAAAAAGAAUGCUGACAAAGGAAUAUGUUGUUGAGGAUGUUGAUGGUGAAAUGAAUGGAUCUGACUGGUCUCCCCCCCCUCUCCCACCUGAGCAUAUUCAGCAGCUGAAAACACUUGGCCUUCUAUGAGUUCAGAAUUAUAUUGCCAUUGACAAAAACAACAUAAUGUAAAGAUGGACCGACUCCCCAUUCUCGUAGGUCAGUCUUGACUACAGGCUUGUUAUGAAUCCACUUAUUUCAACAAAAGUGUUUUAUGCAGUUAUCAAGCUAGAAAAGUUACGAAAGAUUGUCAAAAUCAUUCAGUUAGAAGUCUGUGAAUGAUAUUGUGGAGUUCUUAACACUUUCUUUUUGUUUCACCAUAUUAUGGAAAUGCUUGCCAUUAGUUUCACUUCCAUUAUAUAUAA